GACUUUGGAGUUAAAGUGAUGCUCCAACAAAAUCUGUUCUUGGUGGAUAUUGUAAAGGAAAAUGUGGGUAUAGUCUUAAAACUUGACUCCAUUGAAGAUGGGAUUAUAUUCAAGUUGGAGGGAGAUUGUACAAGGAUAUGGAUCGGAUGGUUGCUUUUGAGAAGGCACUCACUACAUGGGCUGGCUGGUGGCUCUGAAUGGAAUGAACCAAGAGCAAAGGCCUGUUUGGGGCAGAAGGAACCAAUAUUAAGCUCAACAUAUCAUGGAAUUGUACCACCAGCUGUAGCAAUAGUGGAAAGAGUGUUGAGCAGAAUUCGAAAGCCUGUCAAGUUGCCGAACAUAACACAUCUUUCGCAGCUACGUAAAGAUGGACACCCUUCCAUCUAUGUCGUAAGCAGCCCAACCGGACUUGACUGCACCCAUUGGUGUGUCACCGGAGUGCCUGAUACUUGGAAUCAAAUACUUUACAAUACUAUUCUUUGA